AUGCCACAACAGACACACCAACGCCGAAACGCCUACGUCUUCGACGAAGAGUCAUCGAAUGAUCCAAACGAACCUCGCACUCGCGAACGUGAAAUGCACGAACCAGCACAAAGAACACCAAGUGUUACGUUCUUGAGAGAAGGGAGGCAAGUCGUCGAGAAGGGAGCGAGAAGCGGAGCUAACGGUGAAGGCGAAGAGGGGUGGUUCCAUGGUUCAAAAUCGGAGGAAGAGUCCAACAAGGCAAAGUCAAUCAUGGCGGCCAAGAAAGGAUCAUUAACUUUGUCAAAUGGCGACAUGAUCCAUAAUGGAAGAGUGUUUAGAUGUGGAUCAGCGAAAAUGGAGGACGCACUGACUCCUUUGUCACCCCACCUCACGAGAAAGUUAAAAGCUUUGAAAUCAUUUAUCCCGUUACCGGUGUUUGAUGAGGACUUCUUGCUGAAGGACCAGAAAGCGUGGUCUCUUCUACCACCAAAGUCAGAAGAUAAAGUUGAAAAGGAAAAACGGAUGUAUGGGGGGGAAGGACCGGUGGAAGAACUCACGAUGAAUUUUGAAGCAUGGAGCGAUUGCAUGGAGCUGUUUUGUGUACACUUACGAGCAGCUGACUGGGAACCAGUUGCAGAGAAGUUCGAACAUUAUAUGACCAUCGUGAAGAAGAUACGCAAAGACUUCGGCUGGAUGGUGGCUUUGCGAUAUUGCCGCUUGGUCCGUCAAGGGGUGAUGAGAGAAACCAUCGAUGGAUCUUUAGGAAACUGGGCGGAGUUGCAAGAUCAUUUGUUAACUCAGGCUAAGACAAAGGCAGAAAGUUUCAACGAACGAGCUUACAAAACUAAUCCCUAUGCAGAAGGUGGACCGAAGGCGUCCAUAUGUCCAUAUACAAACCAACCGAAACCGUCGAGCUUAAAACACGUCGCAAGUACGACAGCACAGUCCGCUAGUAAUCAAGCAAGUCAGGCGGUAAAUCGACACGCCAGCACUAGUUCGUACCGAGGAAAUGGAAACUGGAAACGAUACCAGGGAAGCUAUCGAGAUACUUAUCGAGAACCUGCACGCGAGCAAUACCGGGGUGGUGAUCAGCGGGACACCAGAGGUCCGAAGUGGGGAGAAGGGAAGCGAAGAGAGCGGAGCAGAAGCCCAGAGAAGCGCUAUGGAAGACGAGGAGACGGGAAAUGGAAACGAUCGUGA